AUGAAUGCUGAUUAACAUUUUCUUAAUUAAUGCUUCCAGUCAUAGAAACCGAGUGCUUCUCCAUCCCAUAAUGGAAAGAGUGUUUGUCCGUGUUGUUCUGGCAUAGUGGCCAAUCAGAAGGAUGCAGAGCAGGAUGAUAGCGGUUGUGAUGCUUGGUCAGAGUAAGGGAUGAUGGGAAAUCUCAUCUCGGUCUGGUGAAUCUGCAGUCCCUCAGUGGAGGAACACAUCAAGCUACCAGUGUCUGGUAAUUGUGUUGUACUCUACAGUACGUAUCAUACACUGUGGCAAAAAUCAACAUCGACAUCGUGUUUACCGACCGUACAAACGAACGCGGCGCGUGCUUUCACAAGCGUACAAAAACACAAUUAUACACACAAACACAUGGCACUGGAACACACGAUUUAUGGUGUAGGCUUUGGCACACUCUCAGAGGCUUAUCUCUGAUCUAGGACGCAAUAACAGGAAUUCGCUCGUUCUCUGGACUCAUGAAGAAGGUUCGAAUUUGAAAGACUGCGAUCAGUUCUACCCUUGUUUCUCGAAAAGUCGGUCGCGUUAGGAUGUCGAGUGAUUUGCAGUGCACCUGAAGGCAUUUUGCUGUUACUGGUUAUUUUUAAAGGGCUCCAGUAAAUGAGCAAAGUGACUGCGAGAAAGAGAGAGAAACAAAGGAAGGGGGGCGAGAGAUAAUCAUGAGCAAAUGAGAAAAAGAAAAGAACAGGGACGGAUGGUAUCCCGACAGAGGCAGUGGUGCUUUGCAGUUUUGAAAUAACUCCAGCAUACUCGCACAACCUUAACCGGAUUAAACAAAGCGCUUCGGCAAAAAGCAGAACCUGACACGUUUUAAUAACAAAGCAUGGAACUGAGAACGCACGUAAUGAAGAGAAGUAAAUAAAGAAGGUGGAAGUAUUAAAACCAAAUUUGGUUGAAAAAAAGAAAAGGCUUGCCCCGCGAUGGAUUGGCACCCCGUGCAGGGUGUGCCACGCCUUGUGCCCCAUGCUCCCCGGGAUAGGCUCCAGGUUCCCCCGCGACCCUGUAGGAAAGAGGUAAAGAAGGUGGAUGGAAACGAACAGGCUGCGUGGACAGAAUUGCUCUCUGCUUCAUUCUCAAGGGAAGAGCUAUUUCAAGCAGAGAUGACACAUCCGUUUACCUUCAGCUUGAUUUGGUUUGUGGCUUUUACGUCCAUUAAUAUUUCACCCACAUGCAUUCUGAAUGAGGACGGGAGGGAUGGAAGAACAUCUCUCGGACUGAGAGCACGGCACAAGGAUGGCAGUGCAGACGUUCGCUGUAACUAAAAAGGCUCCUCUUUUCCUUUCUUGGCCACCGUGAAGACAGUGCCUUGCACUGUGCUUGUGUGUGUGUGUGUGUGUGUGUGUGUGUGUGUGUGGACAGACAGAAGAAAGUGAGCAUGCCAAAGACCAGCUUAAUCAGCCAGACUACCUCCCCAGCAAAAUGGAUGGAUGAGGUCAGGACAGUUCACAUGUGGAGGAAGAAAAGAGAACGAUCGACCAUCAGGACCUGACAGAAAGACAAAUAGAACCCCCCUCCAACCUACCCUACUCUUUCACUUCGUGCCUUUCCAUCACUCCCUUCUCACCCCCUCCGUGAAAGGGGGGAAAAAAGAAAAAAAGUUUAGGAAAGUCAACAGGACAGUGAGAGUUAAUAGGCACAGACUGCAAGGGAAGGAGAAUGGAGAAAGGCGGAGAACAGUGACUUAAACGGAUCAGCUCCAGGACGGACUGACUGACCUCAAGCUGAAGCCAGCAGAGAGAGGAUUCCAAUCAACUAAAAAGUCAGGAAUACCUGCUCCACGGGAUAUCCCCCAGACCAUUUCCAGAGACCGCACUCCACUAAGAGAUCAGCUAAGGACCCCAUCUACCAAAAAGAUGAUCCCCAGCGCUAGCACCUCCAGCCUGUCUGCACUAGCGAAACAUUCCCGCAGUUCUGUCAAGUCAAAGGUGGAAGCCGAGAGUGCAGACAGAGCCCUCCUCGAGUGUCAGGUUAAAGAACUGCUAGCUGAAGCCAAGGCCAAAGAAUUUGAGAUAAGCAAGUUACGGAUGGAGCUGCAAAGGUGCAGAGGGAAAGGCUCUCCACAGGAGGCUGGCACACCAGAUGGAACGUCAGAGCGGGAACAAACCGAGGCAAAUUCCACAGAUACACAAACAUUAAUUGAGGAGAUGAAGGCGAAGAACAGGUGCUUUCAGAAAGAGUUGUCUGCUUUGCAGCAAGAGAAUCAGACUCUAAAAGAAAAGCUUAUCUUUUUGGAGAACUCUCCAGUCUCCUGUGAUAAUACCAUUACACGUUCUACAUCACUAACCAGUCCAAACAAACCCUCUGUUAAUGGGGUUGUACCAGAGAUUAGCAACACCAAAAUGGCAGCAGGUGGACCACUUAAUGGUAGUCCAGUUAAAACCUCUGUAUCAUCUGGUAGCGACAUAACCAAAGGGUCUCCGUCAACGGACUCCUCUGAGUUUGAGAAGAUCCCAUCACGCUCAGAUUCAGUCAGUAGCAGCAUCAAGGGCAUUGCACCAAGCCCCAAGGAACAAGAUCUAUCACUGCAGUGUCUCACAGAGCGCAUUCAAAAAAUGGAGGAGAGCCACCACAGCACAGCAGAGGAGCUUCAGGCCACUCUGCAAGAGCUAGCUGACCAGCAGCAGGUCGUGCAGGAGCUCACAGCAGAGAACGAGCGCCUGUCUGAAGAGAAGAGUCUUUUGCAGACCUCCCUGCAACAGCAGAGGGAGCGUGUGGAGCUCUUGGCACAGAAGAAUGAGACUUUGCUCCAGAGACUCAGAGAGCAAGUCCAAAGUCAGGAAGUGGAGGCCUCCCGCGCGUCCAGGGCUGCAGAGCUGGAACAGCGUCUGGCUGAGCAGGUGGAAAGCUCACGCUUUGAGAGAGAGAAACUGGUGGACAUUCAGCAGCAGCUCACAGGGAGUCUAAGAGCUUUGGAAAAAGAGCAUCAGGAGGCCCAGGCGGCCGUGAGAGGCUUAAAAGACGAGCUGGAGAUCCUCCAGGAGCAGCUAGAACGGGAGAAGGAGGUUGGAGCAGAGGCAACAAGACUAGCAGGGGAACAGCGUCAAGCCCUGGAGGCCUCGAGGGUGGAGAAUGAGUGCCUGAAGGCCCAGGUGGAGACAGAGAGGCAGAAAGUGUUGGAGCUGAAUGCAGUCCAGAGUGCUAGCAACAGCACAGAGCUGCAGGCCUUACUGAAAGCCGCACACACAGACAGAGACAAACUGGAGCUCAACUGCACCGAGCUGAAACAGGAGCUGCUGCAGGCUCACAAGGACAUUGAGCACAUUCAGGGUUUGCUCAGUAAGGCUGAGGCAGACCAACAGAAACAUCAAGAGAGGUUGGAGUCGCAGGAGCAUGAUCACAACGCCAGCAUGCUUGCUCUGGAGGAGAAGAGCAGAGAUGGCGAGAACCAGAUCAAGGACCUUCAGGAGACGAUUUUUGAGCUGGAGGACCAGGUGGAGCAGCAGCGGGCAGUUCAGUUACACACCAACCAAAUCAUCCUGGACCUAGAGAGUCAAAUCAAGCGUCUGGAGGAGCACAAGACUGAGCAGGACAAGCAGCUGAAAGCCAUGAGCAAACAGAUGAAGGACGAGACACAGGAAUGGCGGCGUUUCCAGGCUGACCUGCAGACGGCUGUGGUCGUGGCGAAUGACAUUAAGGUGGAGGCUCAGCAGGAGGUGCGGACGCUGCGGCGACGCUUGCAGGAGGAACAGGAGCGCAGUGCCAGGCUGGCUACAGAACUCGAGCACAUACAGGGGGCCAGGUCACGGACGGAGGAAGGGAGUCUCUCGGACUCGGACGGCGGUCCUCAGUGGUGUGGAAUCGCUAUGACCCAGAAUGCGCCUGGUAGUGAGAGUGAAAGCAGCACGCCUUCAGAGCCAGGGGCAACUGUCAAAUCCCUCAUCAAGUCCUUUGACACAGCUGUCAAGAAUGGACCUGCCAGUACAGUGCAGAUGCCUACGUCUCCCAGAAGCCCCCUGAGUGGAAUUCCAGUCCGCACUGCUCCUGCAGCUGCUGUCUCACCCAUACAGAGGCCUUCAUGUAUCAAGCCUCUGUCAAAAACCCUGGAAAGAAGAAUCAACCUUGUGGAUUCCUCUCACUCAGUUGAUGAGUUGAAGCCUUCGUCUCUGAUGAGAAAGAGUCCAUCCCUCGAGUCAGUCAUCAAGACUCCAGCUGCGCUAAGCAGCAGAACGUCCCCGUUCACUUACAGCCGGGCCAACAGUAAGCUCAAUGUGGAAAGAACAGACCCUCUGGCCGCUCUAGCGCGGGAGUAUGGGGGAUCUAAGAGGAAUGCUCUACUGAAGUGGUGCCAGAAGAAAACAGAAGGCUAUCCGAACGUGGACGUGACUAACUUCAGCAGCAGUUGGAGUGACGGUCUGGCCUUCUGUGCACUGCUACACACAUAUCUACCUGCACAUAUCCCUUAUCAAGAGCUCAUCAGCCAGGACAAGGGCCGCAAUCUGACCUUAGCCUUCCAAGCAGCUGAAAGUAUUGGGAUUAAACCCUCUCUGGACAUUGAUGAGCUGAUGCACACAGACAGACCAGACUGGCAGAGCGUCAUGCAAUAUGUUUCUCAAAUCUACAAGUACUUUGAGACUUGACCCUUCAAAGGAGGAAUGACACAUGGCAGGCACAGAAUCCAAGCACUUUCUGCUCAUUUUGUUCCACACACGUGCAUCACAAUGUGGUAUAUAUAUAUAUAUAUAUAU